GGAGCUCGGGGAGCAGGUGCCGGCCCGGCGAGAGCGGGCGCAGUCGUGGUGCCGCAUCCCGUCCAGGAGCCCCUGCGUGGCUAAAGCCGCCCUUCCCUCCGCCGGGAGAACUUGCAGCGGAAGGCGAUCCCUCAGCCUCACCGCCCCCCCCGGGGCAGCCCUUCUUCCCCACGCCAUCGCUCCCCGUCAUGGAGGCGAGUGGGUUGGAGUGGCUGCUGGUCCCCAUGCAGCAGCUGGUGUCGUGGGGUGCGGCGGGGGCCAUGGUGUUCGGCGGCGUGGUGCCCUACAUUCCCCAGUACAGGGACAUCCGCCGGACGCAGAACGCCGAGGGCUUUUCCACCUACGUCUGCCUGGUGUUGCUGGUCGCGAACAUUUUGCGGAUACUUUUUUGGUUUGGAAGGCGUUUUGAAUCCCCUCUUUUGUGGCAAAGCAUUAUCAUGAUCAUUACUAUGUUACUGAUGCUGAAACUGUGCACUGAAGUACGUGUGUCCAACGAGCUAAACAUAAAACGCCGCUCUUUUGCAGCUGCAGAUAGUAAGGAUGAAGAAAUCAAAGCACCUCCCAAGAGAUCCUAUCUGGAUUUUGACUUGAACUAUUUUUGGCAUUGGAGCAAGUUUACAGACUACGUGCAGUGUGUCCUGACCUUCACUGGUGUGACCGGUUACAUCACUUACCUCUGGCUUGACUCAUCUCUCUUUGUGGAAACGCUGGGCUUCCUUGCAGUGUUCACCGAGGCGAUGUUAGGUGUUCCCCAGCUCUACCGUAACUACCAGAAUAGGUCUACAGAAGGAAUGAGUGUCAAGAUGGUGCUGAUGUGGACCAGUGGGGACACGUUCAAGACUGUUUACUUCAUUUUGAAUCAGGCCCCGUUCCAGUUCUCCAUCUGCGGACUCCUGCAGGUUUUCGUGGACAUCGCUAUCCUGCUGCAGGUUUACUUGUACAGCUACUACCCUCAGAAGCCCACGUCCCACACUGCACACCCAGCCAGCACCAAGGCCCUGUGAGGCGUUUAGCUGGACAGGUUGCAGGUCAGCGGCGCUGCGGAGUCAGCCAUGGCAGCUCCUCUUCCGCUUGUAAAUACUCCCGUGUUGCCGAGUUGAAAGCAGAAAUGAGAACAAGGAUUGAAAAUCUGGCUGCACUUCCAGCUCGGGAGGUUUUAUUUUAAAUAACUUACUCUCUCUGUUUUCAGACUUAGCUGUACAGAACUGUUUCUUGGUGGGGGGAGGGGCACUUUAUUUUUGCAUAUGUACCUAUGAGCCUUAUCAAUUCACAAAUGUUUGUAUAUUUAAUCACAAGGGCUGGAUGGUUUGUGGUUUUAAUGCUAUUUAAAAAUGUUACACCACAGAAAUUAUAGGAUAUUUUGUCUGAAACUUUUACUUAUUUAUAUAAUAUAAAGUCUGUAUAUUGGCAGGAAUUUUGUGGCAUAUGCUAGCGUUCGGUAUCUCCACGAUGCAGGAAGGAGUACUGAAAAGCAAAGGCAGGAGCUUUCUCUUUUCUUUAAGAAGGGUGUGUGGUGAGUAGAGGAGGUGAGGGCGGGAGGCCCUGCGAAGAGGCGAGCAGCCAGAAAUGAACCAGUCGUACCCAGCGUAAACCAUCAACAUGCCAAAGAGUGACUGGCAGGUGUUCACCCCCGCUGCAGGAUCAGUGUGGCAGGCGGACACAUCCAGGAGGUGACGAAGGGGGUCGGUCUGAGUACGGAUGGUGCUGGAGCCACGUUUAGAGCAGGCACAGCCAGUCAAGCGGGCAGCCAAAAGGAGGAGCUAACAGGAGACUGCAGGUAAACUAGGUAGCCGUGCUUCGAAAUGAUGGCAUUUGGGAACAGCCACUGCUCCCGCAGCUGUGCUCAGGGCAGAGCUGGGCUGGAGGAUGUCUUUCACGGGGCCAGUAUUGCCAGGCAAGUAUUUCUAGAUGGCGAUUGAGCCACAAAGGUAGAAGCAUCUCCACUUCCAUUGCCUCAGAAGGGGAAGUGAAAAAGUUUGAGACGGAGAAAAAGCCGUAUCCUAUGGAGUAGGACUAGCAUCUGACAGCUUGAUUUGUUGAGGCUGAGAUUCACGUUCAUGUUGUUUAACGCCAAACAAGAACCAGUUUAUGUUUCGGGAUGCUUCUUGCAUUGACCCAACAAGGAAGGAGUCCCCGUUUUCCUUUUUCUGUUGCUUAAGAUCUUCUAGGCUCUUAGAAGAAUCAGCAGCCUGUACUUGGAGGGACUGAGAAAGCUGAAAGAGCGGAGAGUUUAUUUAUAAAUGUCAAUGUUGUCUAUAAUGGCUGUUCGCCAGUGUAGGUCACCGUGCCUGUUCUGAGAACGGCACGUGUCUAGCAGCUGCAGCGGUGCGGACCCGCAGGGGGCUGCGAGCGAGCCCCUGGGCUCCUGCCAGUUGCCGUCAUGAAACUGCCCUGCUUGGUGUGAGGCGGCCAGAGCAAGACGCUUAGUCCCAGCAACAGCUAUGCCUGAGCUGCUUGCUUCUUCGUGAGGCUCCCUCUGUGCUGCCGGGUGAAUCCUGUCUGACCGCAAGCAAGGUGUUAGAGCUGGGACAGGUUUUCGAGAAUCAUUUUUUCUCCAAGAUUAGUCCAAGAGCUUAUGUUUUCUUAAGGAUGGCAGCAAGUCUGAGGUUGAAUAACUUCAGUGUGUAAAUCAGAUACUUCCCCUACCCUGUUUUAUUUGGGCGUCUCAUGAUUUGAGUCUGGACCAUCUUCAUCAGUGACAAACUGUCCUCUGGAGGGGAAGCGUCAGCAGGCUGCAGCGGUGGUUGCACGAUGCUCGGUUGGGAACGUCGUCAUGGGACAGGGAAGAGCGGGCUGUCCCCGUGCUGCUUUACAGACUGGUGCCCCUCUUGGUGACGUCGGGGCUCCCACCGCACGUGCCGUUUGGUUUUGGAGCUGACGUGUUGGUGGUGGAGGGCUGAGGCUCAAACCUGUGGGCAGAAGUCCUGGCCUGGGGCCGAGCUGUCCUGCCCGCGGUGGAAGGAAGGGCGUCCUCGGGAUGUCCCUCCUGCCCCGGCAGAUCCAGUCGGAUCUGCGUGAGUAAAGCGGAGCCGAGGAGAGCUGCUGUUUCCGAGGGCUGGGCAUGGAAUGCUCUGCCCGGGCACUGACUCCAUGCUCUUUGUUCGAUCCCAUACUCUCUUAGGCCUGAAGUGACCUUACGAAGAUGAUGUACCCGGCAUGGCAGACUAUGAAUGUUUUGUUCCUCUCUUUUCUCCAAUGUUCUGGUUGUAUUACGGGAACAUCUGGGCUUUUGUCUUUUUUAAUUGAAAACUUACUUAACAGCUGGCUUCUCCGGUAUGCUGCUUUAAUGAGGAUUGUAUUUCUACUGUAUGCAAACAAACACUUUCUUGUGUGUUUUAGUGGUCUGAAGGGUUUUUUUAAUAACUUGUAAUGAUAAGAUUUUUGUAUAUGGUGGUCUUUUUCUAAUAUUCUAUGAAAUGGGGAUAUAAGAAAUAAAUGGCUCUUAAGACAUAUACUUCUGUAUGUUAUAGCUUCACCUGGGAGUGCACACUUUUGGCCACCUCUUUGGCUUUGAACUACAGGUAUUACUGAGAAUAAAACAACUGUUGUUCUUCCUUUUGGGACUCUU